AGAGAGAGAGACAGAGAGAGAGGGAGAGAAAGAGAGAGAGCACGACUCUACGAACAGGGAGGAAACUCUGCAGCAGUCCUCAUUAAAAUUCCCUGCCCGUACACUCGCCACGAAAAACCUCCUUUAGUGGGUGGCACCGGCGUCCUGCGCGCCUCUCUAAUUGCGCACCGACGCGCCAACGAGCGAUCACGGACACUUUCAGCAUCACCGGUUGUCCGCGGAUCACGCUGCCUUGAGGCGGAGAGUUUUGCUUCAUGUCCCGCUAUUUUCAGGGCUGAGAGAGGAGGAGGAGGAGGAGGAGGAGAGGUUGGGCGCAGAGUCCCAGAGGUCCAGCAACAAAAAAAAGGGGGUGGCGCCCUACGCAUCUCAUCCAGCGCUUUGGACACGCUGCGCCUCGACCCACGGCGACACUGUCCGCUCUCUCCUGCAGUCCGCGGGCUCCUCGUUGCAGCUCAUGGUUGUGACAUUUCUCUGUGGGCACCUGCAACAUGUGCGCCCGGAUGGUGUGAAAGUGUGAAAGAAAAAGAAAAAACAGCGGCUGGUGGCUUUCAUUUCUCUCUCGGAUACGCCAAGUACCCGACGUUACGGCGCACCUUGUGUAAUAGAGAACCAUGAGCACUGUGGAGGAGGAGCCGGAUCACAUGAUACCAUGAAGACAAGCCUGCAGGUCCUGCGCUGCCAGCUGCUGAGUGUUCUAGCAUUCCUAGCACUGUCAGUAGGACUGGUGUCAUCAGCACAGGAGCUGUACCUCAGCCAGACAUCCCAGGACCCUGUCUCCAUGGCAGCCGCCCAGAGCAGCCCCCUGUCUGCCCCCAAACCUCCCCCACUGGACUGGCAACAGGAAGGCUCCAGUAGCGGGGAAUGGUCACCCAAACGAGGCACUCAACCCUCAAACAUCAUCCUCCCUACUGUCGCACUCCACCGUUUGGCCUUGCUUUACACAACCCAAACUUCCAGCAUGGCUCAUGACGACCAUCCCGUUCAUGACACAAAUGCUGUCACCCCAAACACUGUGAGCUCUGAGAGUCAUGUGAAUCAGCCCCCGGAGCCCAGUUCUGAUAUUGUAAACCAAGGCCACAUGCACAAAUUGGUCAGGGUACCUCAAGUCCAUAACCCAGUUACUGUCAGCACUAACCAGGCCAGCAGCAGCAGCCCUAAAUCUCUCAGCACAGCGAUCCCAAAUAUAGAUGUGGAAUCUACUGCCAGAGGGGCUCCAAACCCCCUGGCUCUCAUGUCCAGCUCUGGAUCAGACAGAGGAGAUACUCUCACUGCACACCAUGUAGGGCCUCAGAAGUUGAGUGUUGGGGAAUCCACCGACCACGGCCGGCAGCGUGUUCCCGAGCUCGAGCACCCUUCCUUGACCUCCAUUUCCUCUUCAUCAAUGAAUGCUGACCCGGCGCUAGGCCUGAAACUCAGGGAGCAUGCUCGGGGGGCCGCACACCACCACGCCAUCACCCUGAGGGAGGUGCAUGCAACCGAGCCCCCAACUGAUCCACUGGUGGUAGACACAACGUCUGUCAGUCCAGCUAAAGGGACCCCGGGGAGUUCCACCACAUCCACUCCAGCACCGUCCACUGAGCUCACCAUUAAGUCAACAAUCAUCCCGAACAACCACACUGCACCGAACGAGACCACCACUAAUGAUGGUCAUGGCCAGGUUGUCCAAGGUAACGGCACAGACGGUAAUGCCCCUCUGGGACACUGGUUGGGGAAUGUAACUGCAUAUGGAGGGUUGCUCUCUAACAGCAGCUCUGUCGAGUUGGCGUCUGCUCAGGGGAACAGUUCGGAGCCCCCUUCCACAGGCAAUAGGAACUUCCUAAACAAGCAGGUGCCUGCUACUACCCAGGAUCCCUGGACUCCUGGCAACAGCUCAGGCCCCACCGUUGACUCCCCGCCGUCCCGCACGACCAUCUGCUUGAGCAGGAUGGACAUUGUGUGGAUUGUGUUGGCCAUCAGUGUGCCUGUCUCCUCAUGUUCUGUGCUUUUGACUGUGUGCUGUAUGAGGAGGAAGAAGAAGUCGUCAAGUCAGGAGAACAACCUCAGCUACUGGAACAACGCCAUCACCAUGGACUACUUCAGCAGGCACGCUGUGGAGCUGCCCAGAGAGAUACACACUCUCGAGAGCGAGGAGCAUGACACCUGUCUACCCCCUAAUGGAGACUACAGCGGCAGCAGCGUGGUCCUUGUUAACCCUUUCUGCCAGGAGACCCUCUUCAUCAACAGAGACAAAGCUUCUGCCAUCUAGAGACAAAGAAAUAGAGACACUGUUGGGUCCUCCUCUUCUGCUCCCCCUGCUGUUGUUGUCUAUUUUAUAUAUGUGGUAAAAUUAUUCAGAGACUUUGACUUUAUACUGUAUAUGACAAACACAAAGAGCAACCUGAAAGAAGAGUGAUGUAAACAGACACUAUUUACUAUGAGAAUGCACCCGCAUAUUUUUCUGAUGUACAUUUUCUACAAAAAGGCUUAAUUGUGAUAAGAGGUUUUUAUUGUCUUUAUAAAAUACAGAGUAUAUGUGGUUUUAAUUUCAUUACAGUGGCUUGAUGGUGAGUGCACUGUGGAUGUCGCCACAUGAAAUCUGCUUUAGAGAGAGACAUGUGCUAUGAAAACAUUAAAGCUGUUCUGUUGUAAUUUUAUUUUUCCUUUAAAAUCAAUCCCAAAAUACUUAUAGCCUGUUGAACUUGAAUAUAGCACCUACGUACAUGGGGGGGGGACAGAGUUUUUUGGCAAAAUACUCAUCAGGGCCCAUAUUUAUCCAGCUGAGAAAUAUGCUUAAGAAUCCCCUGGAGAGCAAACUUAGGAGUAAAGAAGUUACAAUAAGGCAUAUUUAAACAGCCACUUACUCCUCAUAGGAUAGUGUAAGAGUAACCUUGAAUAGCAGUCCUCAAGUGAUCCCAUGAUUAUUCACCUAUACAGUAUACUCUGAGCAGAAAUAGAGAGACAGAUUUACUCUGCUGUACAUCUGCCCCAUCAUUCUGUCUUUUUAGUUUCUUCAUCCUUAAAUUUUACUCUGUUAUUCUGACAAAAUAUAUGUGAUUUACAUUUUUUUUAAGUUCAUUUUCUUUGUGUGAAAUCCUGAAUAUCUCCUAAAGAAAUUCAAAUGUCAAAUUUCCAACCAUAAAAUGUAAUACGUGAUUAAUAAUAAAACGUUUUAUUUACAGUGCACUUUUGUAGAUAAUGACAAAAAAUACUUUAUUUGAUAAGUAAAACGAAAUCAAGAACCCUAUACACAAUACAACAGCAGACUAGAGCAGAUCAGAAUAAAACAAACAUUUAAAGUGGCUAUAAUUCGUAUUUUUAUUAUAAUAAUGUAUGAAAUAACAGCCCCCUCUGCUAUACAGAGCUUUAUAGCGAGUUUGAGCUCAUUGUUUAGCAGUUUUAUUUCACUCUCACCACUUUCAUAGUGUCAUUUUCCAGCUGUAGCAGGGAGCUGUUUUCAGAGAAAAGGCUCUAAAAACGCAUCAGUCAGCACCAAACGACAGACACAACUAGAGACUUGCUGGUGAGCGUAGUUGUGCAUUUAACAGUCAAAGAGCCAGAUAUUUCCAUCAGAAGUUGGUGGAGACCAAAAACAGAGCUAAAAGAGAGUCAAUAUUGGACUUUCAUCAGGUGAUAAACCUGACUCCAAAUGAUUGAUAAUGUUGUUCGCCAAUUAAACUUAUAUGUCAAUGUUCACAACUUGUUUCUGCUGCCCCCAAGUGGCUCAAAAAAAGAAGGUUAUUACAGGUUUGAAGCUGUUUUUAAAAGUUAAAUAAGAUGGAUGAAAUGGAAACAAAUUGUUAACUGGAAAGUUAACUGCUGGUAGACAAGGUACAUCAGAGAAAUCAUAUAAGGGGAAUUUAGUACCACAUUGACAAGUAAAGACAAUGAAGAUGCAUGAAAGCGAUUGCAAACAAUCAAUGCCAGCUUUAUUGUUGUUGUUACCUAACACCCCUGGAGAUUUAAGAGCAUUGUUAAGUCAUAAGAAAUGUGACAAUUACCUUUUAUUUUGAGAAUACGUUUUACUUUCACGUGUGUCCAAAAUCACAGCAGUUUGGUGAAUAUGGGCCCUGAUUUUAAUGGUUAAUUUGAGCUCGAAAACUGGGUGAUUUGGGGUCUACAUGCUGCAGUUUGGACUGAUUUUCCCCCUCAGUGUCACCAGCUUCUCUUAAGAGGGACCACAUAGAUGUCUUAAUCCCUAUGUUGGCCCUUUAUAUAUCAGUAUGUGUGUGUGUGUGAGUGUGCAGUAAAGUGGGGACGGAUGAGUUCAAAUUUGCUGCCCCCCUUCACCAAAUAUCACUGUUACUUUGAGUCGAAGACUUUGUAUCACUUUCAGCUCAGUUUUAUCUGUUUUUCUGUGUCUGUCUGUCUGUCUGUCUGUCUGUCUGUCUGUCUGUGCCUCUGUAUGUGUCUGUCUGUCACUUGUCUGUAUUGUGGAGUGGCUACUGGUUAUAUCCCAGUUUGAGAAAGAGUUUCUCAGCGGUGUAGGAAACAAUUAGACCAACCUUGCUACUGUAAAUGUCUCCCUCCAUAAAUAAUGUGUGUCCAUCAAUGCAAACUGUGUUUGUUGAAAUGUUGAAUGAUUGUGAAUUAGUUGCUGGACCACAUAAUAAGUGUUAGAGGCUGUCGAAAAUGUUGACCAAUAAAAACAAUGAACUAAAUAAUGUACGCUGAAUAUUUACUGUGAGCACAUACAGAGGCAGUUUAAUUAUAAAGAAGUGCGUUUGAAUAUUUUGUUUUUUAAUUAUUGAUACUGUGGUCCUUCUAUCAUCUGUUUUACUUUGCAUUGCUGCAGUUUUUCUUCAAUAAUCAAUGCUGCCUGCCUCUAUCUUCGCUAAAGAUCUUCUGCAUUGUGAGAUGUUGUUCGGGAAUCACCGAUUCAAAGGGCGAUGUUGAAUAACAUGGUUAAACAUAUUGAUAUUUCCUGCAUUGGAUGCUCACAGCUGGGCUUCUUGUUUUGCACGCUCAAAAGUGGAUAUUUUACAAAACGUUCAGUGGCACGGUGGAGCAGUGUUCAACAUUAUGUAUUUUUUGUACUGUAGUAUACACUGUACUUUUUACUGCUGAGCAAUAAAACAAAGA